GACGCACAUUUAGAGCCUUUAUUUUCUCGCUACUCGUACGGCACAAAUCGUCCAAAUUGUGGAUCUCACACGAUAUGAAGCGAAGGAGUGCGCUCGUAUCCUGCUUGAGGAAAGCCCAAAAAGUAUAAAAACUGAGAAUGGAGUGAAGAUUGAGGCGAAACCUAAAAUUCCUAAGAAACCUAAAAUUCCUAAGAAACCUAAGACAAGGAAACCUAAAGUUCCGAAGAAACCGAUGGUAGAGGUGAAAGAUGAACCAGUAGAAGAAGUAGAAGACGUGAAACCUAUCAACGAGAACCAGGCGCUUGCAAGAGAUGAGAAUGCUGGACUGAACAAAGAUGUUGAGAAUAUUGCGUUAAAGAAUGAUGAAGAAGAGCUGUUCGACAAUGUUCGUUAA